ACCAUACCGCAUCCUGUCUGUCUGUAUCAAGUGUUGUCUUUGUCGAAAGGUUGCGUUAGGGUCUUCGGCAUGGUUAAUAAAUCCACGAAAGAACGAGGAAAGAAGGGAAAGCAAGUAAGCAUGGCCGAGGAGAAACCACCAACUGAAGAAGUUCGUCAACCCAGUGCGGAAGAAACGAAAGAAAGCUCUGCGGGCGAAGAAACAGCUUUGCAACCCGAGGUGAUUGAGGAAGAGAAAGCUCAUGGCGUCGACGAAUCAGCCCAUGAAACAGCAACCGAGGAGAAAGCGAACGCGGAAAAACCUGCCAAGAAAUCGCGCGGAAGACCGAAGAAGACAGAUAGCAGCGAACCAGCGGUUAAAAAGGCCAAGACUGGAAAGAAGGAGAGAUCUAGACCGGAGAGAACGAGCACUCGUGUGGCAAACCAAAGGGCAGGAAUAAAGCUACAAAAGACAGAAGAACUGCCGGCCGAGAGGAAAAGAUCGCCGACGAAAAGGGCCUCGAAGGACAAUGAGCUAACAACGGUCUCGGAGCAAAAUGGCGCAGCAGUGGAGGUUGCAUGAGACGACUGCAAACAUUCAAAGCGAGUUUAUCUUUUGUAUCAUACGCGACUAGAAAAAUACGUACGAUUAAGCUUUAUAACGCUAGGAAAAGCAUAUGUUCCUACUGGGACAAACUAGGUUUCUUUGUGUCUUUGUUUGUGUGGAACACCUGCCACUUUGGUUGUUAUAUCUACGAUCAAAAAACAGUUUCGACCUACGGUGAUUCAUGUUUUAGAUUAGACUUUUAAUUUGUACCACAUUGGAGGAGACUCCUCUCCAUGCCUGCAUUUUAAACGUACUUGUGUUUACUAUAAUUUUCAAAGAGUUUCGUGAACAGUGGGCAUUCUCAACUGAUGUGUAAUUUAUUUGAUUUUGGUGUGAAAUUUUAAUUUUUUUUGGAAAACGUAUAAAGUCUACGAGAAGAUAAGAGUCAAAACUUCUUAAGUACUUAAUGGAGUGUCCGUUAACAUUUCCCAUUUUUUCGUCACAUGACGUAUAGCUUAUUUGUAAAGCGUUACUAAUAAACCUUAUUCAUUGAUGAA